AUGAAAACCAUGAAGUCUCGACGUCCUGCUGGAGCCGACCGUGGUUGCAUUCGAAAGCGGGGACGCACCGACCGAGAUGGAGAUAUGGAGAUGGAUGCGAGCGCCGCUCGUGGAGGAAAGAGAGGAGGCCGGGGCAGCACCGGCCGAGCCACCUCUGGCAGAUCUGCAGUAUCUGGCCGCAUCCCUCGCGACAAGAAUAUCGACGCCAUUCAGAGGGCCAUCUCCGACUCCAAGGAUUCACAGUUCAGCAUUCGGUCCAGCAAGAACUCCAACUCCAACUCAAGCGGCCUGGAACAAUACAGCGUCCGUGGCUGGAAGAAGAGCAAAUUGGCAUCCAAGCGUGAUAGCGGUGUCGACUCUCUCAUUUCUUUUCUCGAACGACGCAUGAACUCGAUGUCGAAGUCCGGACCUCGCGCUAAAAUCACCAAGUCGCGAGUUGAAGGAGACACACUGGUUGUAUCCGUCAAACCCGACUUGGCAGACCUAUUCUCCCGCAUCGAUGGCAAUACCUUUGCUGGAGUUCCUAUUUCCGUGGCACCAUAUGACCCCUCCUCGACUGAGGCGCUUGAUCGCGAACUCAGCGCUUCCAAUGGUCUCUCCCAGAAUACGGUCGACAUUAAAACCAAGAUGACCCAGAUUCUCGGCAAGCGAUACUAUCCCGAGACUAAGCUUCUUGAUCUCUCCGCCCUGGGCACGGAUCCGGAUCUUCAGGCCAUGGGAAUUUUCGGUAGCACAACUACAGAGUCCAAGUUUUUCCCGGCUCUGAUGAAGGUGUGGGAAAUGGGCUUCCCUGAUGCGAAACAGAGACGCGAAGCUGUGGAAAGUGUGAGCCUUGCAGAUAACAAACUCGCCAACAUCACAGUCGUGACUGCCCUCGCUGCGACAAUCCAUGGUCUCAAAAAUCUCGACCUUUCAAACAACAACUUCAAGGAUGCUCAGUCGCUCAUGGGCUGGCGGUGGAAGUUCCGGAGCCUUGAAUUCCUGGAUCUGACUGGAAACCCUUUCUGCGCCGUUGACGGCUUCAAGGAAACCAUGCUGAAGUGGUAUCCCACUUUGCGGACCCUGAACAACAUCCAGGUUCGUACGGAGGAGGAGUUGGCGGACCAGAAGAAGACGCCUAUUCCCGUUCAGCCACCUCACUUCCAAGAUGAUUCCCAGAUCGCAGAGAACUUCAUCCGUGUAUUCUUCAUCGGUUACGAUACUGAUCGGGCCCAACUUCUCAACAAUCUUUACGACGGCAAUUCCGUCUUUUCCAUCAACACCAACACAUCGGCUCCCAAGGCCCCGCAGGCUGAGACUGCCAGCUGGGAGCCGUACAUCAAGAAAAGUCGGAACCUUAUGAAGAUCACCCAUCUCCCUGCACGUAUGUCACGCACCUACACUGGCAAGGACAAGAUCGGUGAAGUGUGGAGCUCCCUGCCUCAAACUCGACACACCGAUAUGAAUACCCACCCCGAGGAGUGCCUUGUCGAAUGCCACCCUAUGCCCGGACUUCCUGACCACACUGGCCAGAGCCCCUCUGGCGUCGGUGGUCUCCUGGUCAUGGUUCACGGCAAGUUUGAGGAGAGCCUUGGAGGAAAAGUGGAGACACGCAGCUUUGAUCGCUCUUUCGUUCUUGGCCCCGGUAGCGGCCUCGGCGGCAUUCGAGUCAUCAGCGACAUUCUCACUCUCCGCGCAUACGGCGGACACGAAGCCUGGAGCCCAGAAAACCAGGCAAUCCCUCAGGCCAUCGCCCCUCCAGUUUCCGUGAUUCCUCAAGUCGCUCCUGCCGCUAUUCCUGCCAUUCCUGGAGCCCUGGCUACCGCUCGGCCUGGCUUCCCCCAGGGAUACGGCGCGCCUGCCCCUGGCAAGACCGAUGCUCAAGUUCAGCAGGAACAACUUGUAUUGCAGAUCAGUGCCAAAUCUAACAUGACCCUUCAGUACUCUGAAAUGGCACUUUCCAGCAAUGGAUGGAGUCUCGAAGCCGCAUGGACAAACUUUGAACAGUUGAAGGUAGGCUAA